CUCGCUGCUCAGGACUUUGGAGUUACGGUAGCUACGCGGCCCGGAGGGAAAGUCAGGGGAACAAGGAAGCCGAGGCGGCUGGGGACCCACACGACACACCCCUCGCUCAGUCCAAAAGCAGUUUGGGGUUAGGUGCAAAGGGAGCCAGGGUCGUGCUUUUCCUCGAAAGCCGUCGCCCUCCUUCUAUUGCAAGGACAAAAGAACACAAGAGGACUUACACGCUGGGGGCGCUGGGGCCGGCCAUGGUCAUGGAAAUGGGUUCCCUGGACGCCGGAGGCCUGCGUACGCUGCUGCGGGAGCGUGCGGCGCAGUGCCUGCUGCUGGACUGCCGCUCCUUCUUCGCCUUCAACGCCGGCCAUAUCGCCGGGUCGGUCAACGUGCGCUUCAGCACCAUCGUGCGGCGCCGGGCCAAGGGCGCCAUGGGCCUGGAGCACAUAGUGCCCAACGCCGAGCUGCGCGGCCGCCUGCUGGCCGGCGCCUACCAAGCUGUGGUGCUGCUGGACGACCGCAGCGCCUCCCUGGACUGCGCCAAACGUGACAGCACCCUGGCCCUGGCUGCAGGAGCGCUCUGCCGCGAGGCGCGCGCCGCGCAAGUCCUCUUCCUCAAAGGAGGAUAUGAAGCCUUUUCAGCUUCCUGCCCGGAGCUGUGCAGCAAACAGUCGACCCCCACGGGGCUCAGCCUUCCCCUGAAUACUAGUGUCCCUGACAGCACCGAAUCAGGGUGCAGUUCCUGCAGCACCCCACUCUACGAUCAGGGUGGCCCAGUGGAGAUCCUGCCCUUUCUGUACCUGGGCAGUGCCUACCAUGCUUCCCGCAAGGACAUGCUGGAUGCCUUGGGCAUCACGGCCUUGAUCAACGUCUCAGCCAAUUGUCCCAACCAUUUUGAGGGUCACUACCAGUACAAGAGCAUCCCCGUGGAAGACAACCACAAGGCAGAUAUCAGCUCCUGGUUCAAUGAGGCAAUCGACUUCAUAGACUCCAUCAAGAACGCUGGAGGAAGGGUGUUUGUCCACUGCCAGGCUGGCAUUUCCCGGUCAGCCACCAUCUGCCUUGCUUACCUCAUGAGGACUAACCGAGUCAAGCUGGACGAGGCCUUUGAGUUUGUGAAGCAGAGGAGAAGCAUCAUCUCCCCCAACUUCAGCUUCAUGGGCCAGCUGCUGCAGUUUGAGUCGCAGGUCCUGGCACCACACUGCUCUGCGGAGGCUGGGAGCCCUGCCAUGGCUGUGCUGGACCGGGGCACCUCCACCACCACUGUCUUCAAUUUCCCUGUUUCCAUUCCCGUCCACUCCACGAACAGUGCGUUGAGCUACCUUCAGAGUCCCAUCACGACUUCUCCCAGCUGCUGAAAGGCCAUGGGAGGUGAUCUUCAUGACUCACCAGGACUCCGGGCUCCUUGAGGAGAAAUGCAGUAACUCCAGGGAGGGGGCUUGUGAGUGCUGGCCCUUAUUUAUUUAAUUUCACCUGAGUUCCACUGGGUUCCUCAGCAGUCAUAAUGAUGACUUAGUGUCAAGAUGUUCGCUGAACUUCGCACAUUGGGACCAGUAUGUGUGGGUACAUCAAGUUCCUCUGACAAAAAGGGGCAGAAGAGAAAGGACUCAGUGUGUGAGCCAGUUUCUUUUUGUUUGCCCCUGUUUUUGUAGAAACUCUUCAUGCUUGACAUACCUACCAGUAUUACCAUUCCUGACGACACAUACAUAUGAGAGUAUACCUUAUUUAUUUUUGUGUAGGAGGGUCUACCUUCACAAAUGUCAAUGUCUACCCUAGAUGAACCAAAUACCUCAAUUUUUGUGUUUUGAGUACUGUAAUUUCCUGUAAAUAUAUCCUAAGCAGGUUGUUAUCAGCACUGAUGGAAAACACCAGUGUUUUUUUUUUUUUAGUUGCCAACAGUUGUAUGUUUAUUUAUGACCGGAAAUAAUAUAUUUCUUCUUCUAAGAAGACAUUUUGUUACAUAAGGAUGACUUUUUUAUACAACAGAAUAAAUUAUAGCAUUUCUAUUGA